CAGAAGAUGGCGGUGUGUGUUGCUGUCAUAGCUAAGGAGAACUACCCAUUGUAUAUAAAGACAAUACCAACAGAUAAUGAGUUGAAGUUUCAAUAUACAGUUCACACAUCCUUAGAUGUUGUGGAGGAGAAGAUUUCUUCAGUUGGGAAAAAUACCAAUGACUUGAGGGAGCUGUAUCUGGGACUUCUUUACCCAACUGAAGACUAUAAAGUAUAUGGCUAUGUUACCAAUACGAAGGUGAAGUUUGUCAUUGUGGUGGAGUCGUCUAAUACCAGUCUUAGAGACAAUGAGAUACGCGGGAUGUUUCGUAAACUCCACAAUGGCUACGUAGACAUGCUUUGUAAUCCUUUUUACACUCCAGGAGAGAACAUAUCCUCAAGGUUGUUUGACAAUACAGUGAUGUCUAUGAUGCAACAGGACUGAUAUGGUUGAAUCCAUAUCUGUACUUAAAUUAUGUGUCACACAAAGUGAAUAAGAGAAGAAGAAUGAAAUGAAUGCUAAAGAGAAAGUAGAAACCCUACUGAAAAUGGCCAAGAGUGUGUUUGUUUUUAUGUUUGUGAGGUUGAGGGGUUCUAAGAAAGAAGAGGAACUGAGAAGCGAAAAUGGUGAAAUGGUAGAUAGAAAGGAGACAUAGAAAGGAUGGAUGUACAUGUACCCUGUCGCUAUAGACAAUAGAGUAAGAAUUUGUGUGCAUGAGAAACAAAUAAUUCCGAAUGUGAAAGAGACAACAGAGGGUGAGAAGGAAAUAAGUGAAUAGGAAUAAAUUUUUCCAAAGAUAUAUUAUUUAUUGAUUUCAGAGAUUUCCAAUCUAUUUGUAAGAGUUUGUAUUUGACUGGAAUGUUGAUGUUCAGUCUAAUAUUUGGUGAUCAGUGAUAAGGUUUUGUAAAAUAAGGUUUAAAGGGAACAACUCUUUUUAUUGCAGUUUGAUAAUUGAGUGAUAACCAACAUGAUCUUUAUGCAAACCAUUUUCUUUGGUUGAUGAAUGACUACUUCAUGUAGGAAUAUCAAUUGAUCAGCCAGCAUGUUCAAUAAAUCAGAAAUGUAUGUUUGUCUGACAAAAUAAUAAACAUUUUUUCCAUCUAAUAGUAUUAUAUGUAUGUGUUAGAUUGUUGAAUGAAUUAUUGUUUAAAGUAAAUAAAACCUAUUGGUACUUUAAAUCUGA